AUGUCACCACUUUGGAUGGAUAGCUGGGUAACAUCCUUCCUGGCCGGAGGACCAUAUUUUAAUAGAAUGAGGCGAACUAUCCGUCGGUACGCCAGGACACACCUUAGCCAGAAGCAAGGUCCAAUCUUUGAACGCACUCGCGACGCAGACCUCAGGGAUUUGAGUAUAGACAGACUGAUGCAUAGCUGUCUCCAAGACGUGGAGAUGUAUUGGACGCCGGAUGAUUUGAGUGUAAUAGGAGAUAUAGGCGACCCGAUAGAUCAAGAAGUGUGGCGUUUCUUGCCCGGAAUCUAUGGUGUAGUCGAUUCCCUGGGAGGAGGAAUGGCGUAUGUGGAGAUGAUGGUAGAAAUGCAGAAUAAGCGUCGCAAGGAAGACCCGUUAGAAGAAAUACCUAGUGGAUCUGAGUGGGAAUAUGAGGGGAAAGAAGAUGAGCCAGAGCCAGAGCCAGAGCCAGAACCAGAACCACAACCCGAUAAACCAUUACCAUCUACAAAAAUAACUCCCAGGUCCCCUCUCUAUCGUGAUAGCUAUCGCUGUAACAAAAGACGACUGACACGAAUAAGAAAGCUGCGGGCAUAUCGCGAUGACGGCACGAUAAACUUUUCAUGA